AUGCUUCGCCUAAUUCGCUCGCCGACAUUCCAGCGUCAACUAGCGACCCGCGGCAUCUCCUCAUCCCGAACGCUGCUCAUGGGUCUUCAGACGGCCAAGGCGCCGCUUACUAGCCUCAAUAACGCUGCCACCAAUGCGCAUCUGGACCUGAACGGAACGUUGGAAGAGGUGGCAGCCCGAUACUUCUCGGAAGCAUCGGCCUUUCCCGAGUUUUCGCCCGCGGAGGACACGUUGUUGGGCCAGGCCGUGCCUCUUAUUCCGGACAAGGUCCCCAUUAUGGACGCUCACGCCCUGGCCGAGGAGGAGCUCACGGCCGAGAUUCAGCAGCACUUCUGCGAGUCCUCGGACUUCCCAGAGUAUACGCCCGCCGAGGAGGAGGCCAUGUUGCACAAGGUGAUGCAGAUGUGA